AUGAAUCGUUGAUCAUUUGUCGAGUCCUCCCACUGAGAGAGGAUCUGUGCCGCGAUCGAGCGCUCAUGGCAGCUAAUGAUUAUCGCGCGUACCUGCGGAAUCAUAUCGAUAUGGAAGAGGCUCCGGGGCGCGCUGCGCACACGGGAUCCACGCACAGAGCGCUCAUAUUCGGCACGCUCGCUGUCAUGGGACUGCUGCAGGUCGCGUCGAGUGUGGCGAUUUUGUUGCACUUAACCGGUUAUCUGCGAGAGGUUGACCUUGCCUCAGCCCAGCGGAGUCCUAAUGAGGAAAUGCACAGUGAAACCUUAAUAGCUGAUCCACUCAAAAGUUUUAAGGAGAGGAAGGAAAAAUGUCGACUAAAAAAGGACACACGCAUGCCAUCAGCUCACCUUCCUAUCAAGACGCCCACUAAUUUUUCAGCCAAAAAUCGAAAUGCCUUAACCAUGAUCACCUGGGAUGAUUUUCAAGGACUGAAUGUUAAGAUGAGAUACCAUGACGGACGAAUUCAAGUGGAUGAAGCUGGCUAUUACUAUGUAUAUGCCAAGACCUGCUUUCGAUACGCUGAGGAACACGACUCGAGCAAAGAGGACGUCAGCAAUGUACAGUUGUUUCAAUACAUUUAUCACGAGAAGCACACACAGUCUGUAAUUACACCUAUUCUCCUUACAAAAAGCGGCGGCACUCUGCAGUGGAACAUCGCGAAGUACAACAUGUACUGCGUGGAGCAGGGCAGAGGCAUCCAACUGAAUAAUGGCGAUGGUAUUUAUGUCAAUGUAUCCAAUGCAUGGCUACUGGAUCCAGCAGCUGACGGGACGUAUUUUGGAACUUUUAAGAUAAGCAAUUGAUUUGCAUCAUUUUUGCUACUGAACAUGUUAAUGCACAUUUUGCAACCUUACGAACUUUUUUUUAAAGUGACCAUGAACCACUGAGCACUUGUUUUUGAUCACUGACUUUUGAAGUUUUGUUCAAUAUAGAUGACUUUUAAGAGCACAUUAUAACUUUGAACACUUCUCAAUUGUGCCAUUGAAGCUCUAUUAAGUACCAGCACUAGAAAACCAAGAAUGGACUCAGGCCUCUGUCUGUGUUUUUAUAGUUAAGUACCAAUACUGGCAAUAAGGGGCGCCGUAAAGGGGUGAAGGUUAGGACGAUUCCAAGGGCCCUGACUAGAGAGGGGGCCCGAUGCAAUCCCUGGGACGCGAUCGCAAUUUCAAUGGGGGCCGAGGCAAAAACUGUCCAAGGGGCCCAGAAAUGCUAGCGGUGCCACUGCUAGCAAUAGGUAUCAGUCCAAUACUGGUACACAUACUCUUAAAAUGCUCCAAAAGUCAACAACUGUGCCACGAAUCACAGCGGUGGAGAGAUGCAGGACAGUCCUAGUAAAGUACGCCAAAUCGCAGUAGUCUGCUGCGACCUUCACAACAGAGGAAAAACAUACUAACUACGAACUCAAAUUUAGUUCGAAUCAUACUCCGUGUGAACUUCUGGUUCAUUGAAGUGUUGUAUAAAAGCAAUAACACAUUUGCAGCCUUAGCCGUAGUGAUGUAAUGUUAGCAGUGAGUACCAAAAAGUAACUGCCUUAAGAUAGUAAUAAAAGAUGACAGUCAGUGCAUCCCUAGUUUAUGAAUGUAAUCAGUACAUUUAUUGAUUGGAUCAAGAUAUAAAACAGUCUAAAUAAUACCAUAAAAUGUUUCAUUCUAGCAAGCAUGGUUACGUUGAACUUUGUAAAAAUGAUCAUGCAGAAUCUGUCAAAGAAAACUGAAUUGUGCCAAACUGGUGGAUAGACACUUCCUACAAUUUCACCCAUUUUACUGAUUAAUGAAUUUCACUGUUGGACAUUUAGAGCUGCCCUUUGUUUUUUUUUUAAUGGUGUUAAAAUCUAAUUUCUUGAACAAAACGUAUACAAACAUUCAACAAAAAUCGAGGCAGCUGGACUGUCUUUGACUCAGUGUGAGAAUCGAUGUGCAGAACCAAACUGAGUUUGGUUCGCUCUAAUUUAAUUUUUUUCUUUUUUUAAUGCACUAAGUGUAUUUAUUUAUUUUCUAUGAUGAUAGAAUGUUUGUCAAAUGUUCUGUCUGUUGUACAGUUUUGUAGUGUAUAUAAUUGUAUAAUUGCCUUUAUUCCAUUCUUCAAGAGGUUUUGGAUGAAGGGCAUUGACUUUAGGUCAGUUAUACAUGCGCUUUCGUCCCAGGCACAGGGCUCCUGUUUAAAGCAGAAAUGGAUUAGUUUCUCACUAAGAAACUUUGUAUUUAAGUAAAAUUAAUUUGACAAUUCUGUGUGCAAAUGUUUGUGGACAGCAGAAUAUAUUGUUGCCAACCCAAAGCAAGCCUAAAAAGGUUUGCAGCCUUAAAGUCUAAUGUUUUUUUUUUUUCAUAUGUUAGCAAAAGUUUUGUUUAAUUAUGUUUAUUUAUACU